GGUUUUUGCAGAAGUGAUCUAUUUUCGGAUCACUGUGCAUUAUUUUUACUAGCCUGGUUAUAACCCGACUCAGAUGCCGAGAGGCUGUGGGUUGCUAAAGAAGCUGGAGAACCGAGCCAGCACAAACUAGCAGUUUGAUGAUUAUUUUACUCAGCUGCUUCCAGUACUUGCAUUCAGAUGAAAACAGGCCAUUAAAGUCGCUAUAAUGCAUCAUUCUUUAUUGCAUUCUGUAAAGCGAUAAAAGUCACAGUUCUUUUUUUUUCUUGUUUUGUUGAACAUUUUCAUGAAGUUUGUCUCGUUUCUCCUGCAGGCGUCCCGGCCAGAGGCGUUCCCUCACCCCCACAGACUCCCAGUGGAAGGCAGCCGCAUCGGAGCAAACCGACCCUGUUCACAGAAGUUCAGCUCUGGUUUGGGGUCGCUGCCGCAGCUGGAGACCCCCGUGGUCCAGGUGGUCGUCAGCAACGCCAAAAACCAGCAGCAGCAGUCGGACAACAUCCUGCCGCAGAUCACCAACAAAGGAGGUCAAAACAACUACCAAGCGGUCGAGAGGUCAAAGUCAACUCAGCAGUUCACGAUGCGUUACGGCGCAGCGACAGACAAGGCGGCCAUGUCGCGUAACGGGAAGGCGCUCGGAAACAAGAUGGAGAAGGAGCGAGCGUACGAAGGACAGCGGCUGCCCAUGUCGCCUGCAGAGGCGCUCAGUAACUUCCGGGAGCGGCUGACGGAGUUCGAGCAGGAGGAGGUCAGCGACUACGCCGAGGUCUGGUUCCUGGGUCUGGGCUCGCAGAAGAUCGAAGGAUCCCAGGGAGCGGCGCAGAACAACGGAUACGACGACGAACACGGGAGCUACGUCCGGGUGCUCCAUGACCACAUCGCGUACCGGUUUGAAGUUCUUGAAGUGAUCGGGAAAGGUUCGUUUGGCCAGGUCCUGAAAUGUCUGGACCACAAGAGCAACGAACUCGUCGCCAUCAAGAUGAUUCGCAACAAGAAAAGAUUUCAUCACCAAGCUCUAGUGGAGCUGAAGAUUCUGGAGGUGAUAAAGAAGAAGGACAAAGACAACCUGCACAACGUGAUCCACAUGAAGGAGCACUUUUACUUCCGGAACCACCUCUGCAUCUCCUUUGAGCUCCUCGGGGUGAACCUUUAUGAGCUGAUCAAGAAAAACAACUUCCAGGGCUUCAGCCUGGCGCUGAUCCGGCGGUUCGCUCACGCUCUGCUGCGCUGCCUGCAGAUGCUGCACCGGGAGAAGAUCAUCCACUGCGACCUCAAACCGGAGAACAUCCUCCUGUCUCAGCGAGGGCCGGGGAACAUCAAGGUGGUCGACUUCGGAUCGAGCUGCUACGAACAGCAAAGAGUGUACACCUACAUCCAGAGUCGCUUCUACCGCUCCCCAGAGGUCAUCCUGGGUCACCCCUACAGCAUGGCCAUCGACAUGUGGAGCCUGGGCUGCAUCCUGGCUGAGCUCUACACCGGCUACCCGCUGUUCCCCGGGGAGAGCGAGGUGGAGCAGAUCGCCUGCAUCAUGGAGGUUCUCGGGACGCCUCCAAAUGAUUUUGUCCAGUCGGCAUCAAGGAGGAAGUUAUUCUUCGACUCCAAAGGAAACCCGAGGAACAUCACUAACAGCAAAGGGAAGAAAAGGAAACCCGACUCCGUUGAGAUGUCAGCGGCGCUGAAAACCAACGAUCCGUUGUUCCUGGACUUCAUCCAGCGCUGCCUCGCUUGGGAUCCAGCGAAGAGGAUGACUCCUGAUGAAGGGCUGCAGCACCAGUGGAUCCUGGAAGGAAACUUCAACAAAGUGAGAUCCAGAACCAAGCCGACAGCGAAGAGGGGCGCGGAGAGCUGCAGCGGCGCAAACAGCAGGCCUGAGAAGGUCGGUGCAGAACAUGGCAGCAACGACAAGCUGAAGAGGGACGGCUCCGAGGCUGGAUCAAAGAUGGCGUCCGGCGAACGCCUGCGGCCCCUCGGCGCCUCGGCGGAGGAGGAAGUGUGUGAAAGCGAAGGCGGUGAGCGGCCGGUCCACAUCAUCAUCAAACCACAAGAAGAAAUGAGCACAGAGCGGAAAGACGGCUAGCAGGCCGGAGGACCGGGACGCGUUCAGGGCCGCUGGGAAAUACGAUGUUCUGGUCUGGACUUACAGGAAGAAACCCUGAAUUCAGUGAAGUGGGUUUUUUCUACAUGAUGGGAAAAACAUCAACAGUGACG